GUGUGUAUAUAUAGAGUGGCUAAACAAAUUGAGAGGCUUAUAAGUUACAACUUAGAACCAUUAUAAAUAUAUGUAUAUAUAUAUAAACCUUACAGAUAAUAAAUAAAUAAUAUUAUCAUAUAUGGCUAUAUAAAUACUUAAAUAGAGAGAAAGAGGUGAACCAAAAAAAAGAUAAAAAAGGAGGUAGACAGAUGCAAAGAAAGAAAGAAGAGAAAGGUCAGGGAAACAUAAGGAAAGAGAAGAAAAUAAUUGGAAUCUAAGAGAAAAAAUUCUGGGCAUUUUGAAUUUUUGUUAUUUGAUCAUCAACAAAGAUUUUUUCUUUGAUCUGUGUCUAUACAUAUAUAUACACACACACAUAUAUGCAAGCAAGUUUUAUGCUAUAUGAUUGCAGGCUGCAGUGGGGCGUCUUUUGAUUUUGUCAAAUGGUAUUUCCUUAUGUCUUUUGGUUCAUUUUGAUGAUGUGCUUCGAUUGCAUCGACCUCGUUCGUUGUAGUUCUGGGUUUGGGCCUUGGUUUUACUAAUAAACCAUGAAAGACUAUCUUUCCAUUGCUUGCCAGUGUGAAGGCAAUACUCAUUUUGCUUCCCAUUCCGUUUUGAUUUAUGAUUUGUGCUUAAACACAUCUGGAUGGUUUUAUGGGAGAGCUGAUGUUGAUGGGAGGAUGCAUUUGUCAGAUAGAUAGUAGCAGCCUCUACCAUAAAUAUGAAAGUCAGUUAGGUCAAUUGUAGCAGAAGUUAGAGGAUGUCUCGUUUUACAAUUUUUUUUGUGAAUCAGAUGGGAUUGGAUUACUUGGAUUCCAUCUGUUCCUUUGGAACAUAGGACUGAUUUUGAUCCCCUGUAGAACUCUUAGAUGAUAGCAAGGAAAAAGUCUGGUACUACGGAUAAGAUAUCAAAGGAAGGAUCUUCUGAAACUUAGAAGAACAAUAUAUUCAACUUAGUCAUGGGCUUGCCUCAAGUGUCCUCGAGCAGAAUUGCUGAGGAAGUGGCAGCAUUGAGCACAUUUGUGCAGACUCCACCUAGAUUGGUUGCUGUGAGCAGCUGUGAUUUAAGUGGGAUGCAUGUAACACACCCAGGUCAUCGAAUACCUGGGGAUUUGCCAUUCGCUUCUUUAAAGGAACUUCCAAAAGAUCAAGAUAACCUCAACUUACAUAAAAAUGGUGCAGCCAAUGUGCAGGGGUUGAGGAUUGGUUCCUCGGAAAUCAAUGGCUUGUUCACACAUAAAGGUAAACAGAAUAUGCAGAGUCCUGUUUCGAGGAUUGUGGGUUUUGAAUCAAGGGCGUUGAAUUCCCCUACUGGUGUGUUCAAGGGAAAGCAAACAGAUGGCUUUCAUUCAUCUACUGCGGUUAAUAGUACUGGUAAUGCAACCGAGAGUGCUGGGUCACCAGUCAGGAAGCGGUUGUUGUCUCCUUUGAAUGGCAUGAUUCUUUCAGAUCAAUUUAGUGGUGAAUCUUUAAACAUUGGCAGAACCAUUUAUAAUUCUGAUUCCAGGUUCGGCAGUGAAAGUAGUGUUACUGUUCUACAAGAGCAUAAAAAGCUUAAUGUAGGCAACUCCAACUAUUUCAGUCAUCAGAUAUGGUCCACCUCAAGUUCCCCAGAAAGGAAGAAUUUGCUGGAUAGCAGUUGUGGAACAAACUCCAGUUUUCUCACUGAUGGCCCUUUGCUUGGGAACAAGGAGCUGCAGUCUUGCAAUCCUUUUUCAUUUUCACCUAGACAAAAUUGCUUUGAACUAACUCCUAAAGCAAGGUAUGAGUCGGGGGCAAUAGCUAUACCACCAAAAAAAGUGGUGUCAUCUCCCCUGUCUUUGUCUCCUCUUGGUCCAAAAUUUUCUGAAAGAAGGAAAACUUUAGGAGGUUGCAGCGAUGCCAGGGAAGAGUUAGAGGAUAACUAUUUAACUUUAAAGGAUAUGGUACAGUCACUUAAUGGAACUAUCUCUGGCAUUUCAUCUUCCGAGAGAGAAGACUCUGAAAUUGCAAGCCUAUCAAUUCAAGAAAUUGAUCUUCUGCAGACAAAGUUUGACAGAUUCACCCCUGAAAAAACCACUGGCAUCUGUGAACAUUGGGGUCAGGAUUCAACUCUUACUCCUCCGUGUGUCAAGUUAGUUAGAACCCUUAGUGGACUGCAUGUCCGAAGGUCCUUGGUUGGUUCAUUUGAGGAAUCUCUAUUAUCUGGUCGUUUAUCGUCUGGGAUAGUCAGUCAGAAAAUCGAUGGUUUCCUUGCGGUUCUUAAUAUUACUGGAGGAAAUUUCUCUCCGCAUCCACAGAAACUUCCAUUUGCUGUAAAUAGCGUGGAUGGAGAGAACUACUUAUUGUACUAUUCAUCAAUAGAACUUGCGGGGAAUUCAAUGUCAAACAAGUGUAGAGGUCCAAAAAUGAAAAGGAGCCUAGGUGUUGAUGAUGCUGGAGCAGAAAGGAGCCGCCUGCGUAUACCAAUGAAAGGAUGCAUCCAACUGGUUCUCAGCAAUCCAGAAAAGACACCCAUUCAUACUUUCUUUUGCAACUAUGAUUUGAGUGACAUGCCUGCUGGCACCAAGACAUUUCUGCGGCAAAAGGUCACUCUAGCUUCACCUGCAACAGCUUCUGUACUGGGUAAUGGAGGACGCAAUGAACCUGGCAAGAAAAAUGAUAUUAAACCUGCUUUAAUAUCAAAAGCUAGUCAUUCUUUAAAGCAUAGUGGUGGUUUUCCUGGUUCAAAUGGAGUUGAUGAACAUGCAAUAAGAUCUGCAGAGGAGAAUAAAGAAGUGAUGGAAAAUGAAAGCCCCGUCUAUACUGGGGAUCUUGCCGAUCAAUCCCAAAUUAAGAAAGAUAUAGGUUGCCUGGACUCGUGUUGUGGAUUCAAUGGUAGUGAACAUAUUAAGACUAGCACGGAGGACAACAGUACGUUGAAUACAUCCCAUAUAUCCGAAAGCCAAUCUGUACAUAGCCCUUCAAAGCUUAACAAGAAUGCUUCUAAUUCUGGUGUUCUGCGUUAUGCUCUUCAUCUUCGUUUUUUAUGCCCCUUUCCAAAGAAAUAUUCAAGGACAGUCCAGAUGUGCAAAUCUGAUCCUUCUGCUCAAUCAAGAAAUGGCACGAACAUUGAACGGCGAUUCUACUUAUAUAAUGAUAUGAGAGUGGUGUUCCCUCAACGUCAUUCGGAUUCUGAUGAGGGAAAGCUACACGUGGAAUAUCAUUUCCCAUCGGAUCCAAAAUACUUCGACAUCAGCAACUAAAAGGUCCAGUUAUGUCCUCCUUUGAUCAUCUUUGUACAUAUGUGUACAUAUAUUUCCUGUCAUCAUAUCCCUUGAAGGGGCAACAACCCCAUUUCAUCUGUAAAGAUUUUCAUUCAUAAUAAAUGGAUUAUUUUCAUUU